GUCCUCUCCGCGGGCGCUCGCGGCCAGCGUCGCCGGGGGUGGAGCGCGGCCCUGCCCCAUCCUGCCCCAUCCUGCCCGUUCGGUGGGGCUCCGCAGUGCGUCUCCACGGCGAGUGUGGACGCCGCACGGCCUGGCGCGCGUCUGUGGGCGCGGGUGCCCCGCGCGCCCCUCCCGGCGCCCCCGGCCCGCUCGCGGAGGCCGCCCCGAGCGGAGCUUUGUGACGUCAGGCGGCCGGCGGGCCGCGUCACGCGCGGGGCUGACCCGGCGCGGGGCGGGGGCCGGGCCGGGACGCGGAGCAUGGAGCCGCGGGCCGGCUGCCGGCUGCCCGUGCGGGUGGAGCAGGUCGUCAACGGCGCGCUGCUGGUCACCGUGAGCUGCGGCGAGCGCAGCUUCGCCGGGAUCCUGCUGGACUGCACGAAAAAGUCCGGCCUCUUCGGCCUGCCCCCGUCAGCUCCGCCGCCCCAGGCCCAGGACCCGCCUGUCAACGGCUGCCACGGGCCGGCCCCCACGGAGGGCGACACAGAGGCGAUGCAGCUGGGGACAGGCCACCCGCCACCUCCCAGUGGGGACCAGGCCCCGGGGACCGCCAGCCCCGAGCCGCCCCCGCUGCCCGCCGGAAGCCUGCCCCCGUUCCCGCCCUAUUUUGAAGGCGCCCCCUUCCCUCCCCCGCUCUGGCUGAGGAACACGUACCGGCAGUGGGUGCCGCAGCCGCCCCCCCGGGGCAUCAAGAGGACACGGAGGCGCCUGUCCCGCAACCGCGACCCUGGCCACCUGGCCCUGAGUCCCAUCCGCCUGCGGCCCCGCCAGGUGCUCUGCGAGAAGUGCAAGAGCACCCUGAGCCCCCCAGAGGCCAGCCCCGGCCCCCCGGCCCCCCCCCAGCCGCGCAGGGAGCCCCGAAAGCCCGAGGACCCCAACGGUGGGGGUGACACCACCGCCAAGAGGAGGAAGAGGGAGAGGCGGCAGGAGGCGCGGGCCCGGGUCCCCCGGAGCCCGGUCAUCAAGAUCUCCUACAGCACGCCCCAGGGCACCGGCGAGGUGGUGGAGAUCCCCUCCCGCGUGCACGGCUCGCUGGAGCCCUUCUGCCCCCCGCAGGCCCCGCCCGGAGGCCCGGACCCCGAGGCGCCCGCCUCCAUCCCCAAGCUGAAGCUGACGCGGCCCCUGCCCCCCAGCGCUGCCCCGCCGCCCCCCAAGAUCCGCCUGAAGCCCCACCGCCCAGGGGCUGGCGAGCAGGAGCCCGUCUACAAGGCAGAGUUGGUGGAGGAGCUCAAGGGCUGUGGCCGCGGCCCCCGGGCCGGCUCACCCACGCCCCUGGCUGAUGGCUCUGCCCGCUCUGGGCUGGCGGACUCGUCUUCUGGAAGUUCCGGCGAGGACGACGACUGCAAGGGGUGUCCCCGAGGUGAACACGGGCGUGACGGCCUGGCUUUUCUCGCCGCCUGCCCCCGGAGAACUGGCUGUGCCAGCGUGUCGGUGUGGAGCAGCGACAGCCUGGACGAGUCCAAAUCGUCCAGCUCGGAAGUGACGUCACCAGACAUGUGUGACCUCUCGUCUGGCGACGGUGCGUCUGUGCAGGCCUCGUCCAAGGACGCGCGGCCGACGGUCCCACCCCUGACGGUCAGGCUGCACACGCAGAGCGUCUCCAAGUGCGUUACCGAGGAUGGAAGGACCGUGGCCGUAGGGGACAUCGUGUGGGGUAAGGUUCAUGGUUUUCCCUGGUGGCCAGCACGUGUCCUGGACAUCAGUCUUAGCCAGAAGGAGGACGGCGAGCCCUCCUGGCAAGAAGCGAAAGUCUCAUGGUUUGGUUCUCCAACUACAUCGUUCUUGUCAAUUUCAAAACUCUCCCCUUUCUCUGAAUUUUUCAAACUGAGAUUUAACCGUAAGAAGAAGGGGAUGUAUCGGAAAGCUAUAACAGAGGCUGCCAAUGCUGCCCAACACGUGGCCCCGGAAAUAAGGGAGCUCUUAACCCAGUUUGAAACGUAACUCGGGUUCCGACCAGGUGAGUGUGUGCGUGGAGGGCGGCCUCUCCCCGGCCGUCCCGAGCCCGUGUCUGCAUCUGGGCUGUCCCUCCGCCCUGGGCCUUGGUGAGCCAGGGGGACGCGGACGCCCCUGGCCAUCUGGCUCGCUGCUCCGAAGGGGGCCGUCUGGACAAUCGCCCCGCUUGCUGGCAACAUUGUCCAGCUUUUCGAUUCACAGAAGAGGUGCUUUAAAAGCAGGCGAGUCGUCAGCCACCUGUUCAGAGAACAGAGCUAGUUUGUGUUUUGCGGCCAUUUUGCAAAGGACCGUAAAAGGUCUCCUUGCUCUUUUCGUUUACCUUUGGAGAAAGGAGAGGGUUUUAAAGGUGGUGGCUUUGACUGAGGGGGUGGUGGUGAGCGCAGGGAGGGGCUUCCUCUGUUACUCUUCCCAGGCUGCAGCCAGGGCCUCCCUCCCUCCCCUCCCCAACCUCCUGCUCGCAGGUGCGUCCAGGGGUCUGACUUUGCCGGAAGGAAGAAAGUCACCGAGCUGCCUGCCCUCAGAGGUAGCGCCUACGGCCCGGCGCUGCUCUGCUGCUGCCAGUGGGGGCUCCCCUCCGUCAGCCGGCACGUGGGUCCUGGACAUUGGUGCCCGGGGGCUCCAGGCUCCCGGUGGCGGGGCCGGUGCUCUGGGAUCUGUCCCUGGGCCAGUGCCUCGCCCUCCGUCUCUGCCCCCAGGAGACCUUUGUAGGACCUCCAGCCACAGGCCUUAUGGAGCCUCUGUGGGGUUGGGGGUGUCACCACCUGGGGUUGGAAACAUGACCUUGUGCAGUUGCCGUGUCACCAGGUGGGGUGGGGCAUCACCGUGUGGCGUGUCUGGCAGGUGUCCGGAAACGGCCGAGGGGCUGAGGGCGUCUGCCGUGAGCUUCCCCUGGGCCCCGAGGUGCAGGGAGACGUGGGUGUGCUCUCAUCUGAUGGCUGCCACCAGCUCUGGCCUGGGCAGCGGGGCGUGUCCCGCGGGUCACUGGCGCUGGUGGCCACUCUUCCCAGGUCUGACUGCCCCCUCUGUCCUCCCCUGGUUGGUCCCGGGCAGGCCAUGGUCCCCCGAGGCUCCAGGCCGCCUGGGUGGACCAAAGGGGACAUGACAGGGUCCCCUGUGAGGGGCAGCCUGUGGGGUCAGUGCUCUUCCUGGCCUAGGGGUCUCGUGCUCACGCCCACAGAAGCAGACGGCAUGGCACGGGGCUGGCCCGGAGGACGAGCUGGGCCUCUGCCUUCACCUCCGGACCCUGGGGUGACCUUGUGUGGCCUGGCUGCCCUGCUCACCCACCUGUCUGUGCCGGUUUCCCGGGUGACGUGAGUUUUCAGGGCUGGGCAAGUCCAGCUCACGUGGCUGGAGAGGGGCUUUGUGGAGUGCUGGUGCCCGCUCCCUGCUGUGCCGGGUCCAGCAGGGUCCUGGGACUGAAGAAGCAGUGAUGAGGGGCACGUCUGGGCUGGGGUCCCUGCCGGGGCUCCUGAGGCCUUGUCCCCACCCCUCCCCCACCUGCUUCCCACGUCACCUCCUGCAUGGCUCCCCGGAUUCCGGGCACGAACUUCUCCUGUUGGGAACCAGGCACAUCCCCCAUCAGUUCUGGCCUUCGUGUUGGGGCAUGGGCGCGGCACCGACCUGGGGGCAUCCAGGCAGCUAGGGUCUCAGGUGAGAGCGGCCAGCUCACCUGAGGGGCAGCGGUCCAGAGAAAGUCCAGAUGCCCUGGCAUCGGGCUUCCUAGGGCAUCUCCCUGCUGUGGCCAGGCUUAGGGACAGCCCUGGCUGCGGCCACGUCCCGCUGGCCUGCGGACCACCGGGGCUGGGGGGGGGGCCCUGCCUCUCUCUGUGCCCUUCCGCUCCUGGCCCCGCCCCUCUGCUCACAGGGCCCAGCCCGUCUUUGGCCUGGUGUCAGGCAGCUUGCCCACGUGCCCCUGCUGCGGGCAGAGACAGCCCCGUGGGUUCAGGGCUCUGUGUAUCAGGAAGCAGAGGAGGAAUCUCGCCGGACGGGUUUGCCUGCUGCGGGGGCCUGUGCCCCCCGCCCCCGCGGGGUGUGGAGCUUUGGGAGCAUGGCGGGGCGGCCUGGAUCCUCUCGGUGCCAAAGCACCAAGUGGUUUUGGCUCAUGGGCUUUUGGGUUUUGUUUCUUGAGGCUUAAAGACUGAGCUGAGGUUUGUGCCAGCCAGGUGGCUGGUCUGCUGGCGUCAGCAAGCCUGGGCCUCGUGCUCAGGUGGGGUCCGCGGUCUCCUGGUGGACAAGUUUGCUUUCAGGUGUCAAGUGUCUGGGGAGCAGCCAUCCAGGCUGCUCCUUGAAGGGGACGCAGGGGACUGCCCUCACCGGGGAAGGUGGGCUUCCCCAGACAAGCUGAGGGCUGCGGGGCUGGUGCAGGAGGAGGGUCCUGGCAGAGCUUGGGUGAGAUGCUUGCUGGUGGCAGUGCCCCGUGGUGGUGCUGACGUAGGGGCCAGGGUCACCAGCACCCCGGCGCGUCCUGGCAGGAGGAGGGACCUCCCGGCGGGCGUGGGCCCCCCGGGCCCCCCACGGGAGGGCUGGGAGGCUGGCACAGGGCCCUGGAGCUCGGCCGGGAGGCCUGCUGGGGAAGGUGGUUCUCCCGGCCCCACCCACCGGCCACCCCGGCCUGGCCCAGCUGACCCUGCAGCCACCUGAGGACGGCUGAGGCGGUGCCAGGGACUCCUUGGGAUUUGGGCUGUCCGUGCUGCCUGCAGGUGUGUCAGGAGAGUCUCAGCAGAUGUGGGGCUGGGCCCCUUCCAGGGGUGUGUGCCCAGCACCUCUUCCCUGAGAGACUCUGCCCCCUUUGCAGGGCUGCUGGAGGCUCGGCUGAGAGGUGGGUGCCCAUGCGGACGUUGUGAGAGUUGCGGAGCCGGCCUGGGGCCUGGCGGCCAGGGCGCUGGGGAGAGGCCAGUGGGGCCUGGCUGGGCACAGGGGCUCUGAGCAGGCACCGCCCCCAGGGUGCUUGUGUGCCCCAUUGGGGCGCAUCUCCCGAGGGCUCCGGGCCCUGCCCUGGCCCCAGCAGGCUGGCGACUCUGAGCCCCCGUUUCCCCAUCUGUCUCCCAGGUAGGGGGGGAGUGAGGGGACUUGUCUGCAGCCGGCUUUCCAGCUCUGCUUUCCCGGGAGUCCUCCCAUGUCCCUCUGGGGUGGGGCUGGGGUCGUGCUCCUGACUGGAUGGGCUGGGCAACUCCUGCUGCCCACUGGUCAGGGGGGCGAGUGUCCUGCAGGUGGGACAGGGAUGCCCUGAGUGCGGGGCUGGCCCCCCAACCUGACAGGUGACAGCGACUCCUCCCGGGGGUGGUGUGACCCCAGGCCUCUUCCUCUCAGACCCGGCUACGUGCCUCUUCUCUCCCCAC